CUGUCGGCUGUCGAGUUCGCGCUGUCAGUUGGAGUUAGAAUAGAAGCCGGUUCAGGACUCGUUAUUUGUUAAUAAGGACCGUAAGAGAGUGUAGUCUUCGUUGAAAUCGCCUAUGACUACUCAUCGGCAAUAAGUGGAUUACCAGUUUAUACUUCUGCCUGACAGAACUAGAGUAAGGAUGUCGCCGAACAUAACGAGCGCACCAACGGGGGUGCUUUUCGAGGGCGAGACGGUGGAAGACACGACGAUCGUGGCGCCAGAAAUCCAAAAAGAGAAGCCACAGUACGUCAGACAAAUCGUCUGGCGAAAUGUAAUCAUAUUUGCCUAUCUUCACCUCGCCGCUCUCCACGGUUUCUACCUUAUUUUCACCUCUGCCAAAUUAACAACUACGAUAUUCGCGUUUGUCCUGUACCAGUUCUCCGGUCUGGGCAUUACGGCUGGUGCACACAGGCUUUGGGCCCAUAAAUCCUACAAAGCCAAAUGGCAACUAAGGCUACUGCUCACCACCUUCAACACGCUAGCGUUUCAGGACGCGGUUUUAGAUUGGGCUCGAGACCACAGAGUACAUCACAAAUACAGCGAAACAGACGCUGAUCCGCAUAAUGCGAAAAGGGGAUUUUUCUUCGCUCACGUAGGAUGGCUGUUGUGCCGAAAACAUCCGGACGUUAAGCAAAAGGGCAAAGGUAUCGACCUCAGCGACCUUGAGAGCGACCCUAUACUUACCUUCCAGAGAAAGUACUACAUGUUUAUCAUGCCUCUGAUAUGUUUCAUCCUACCAACGGUGAUUCCUGUUUUCUGCUGGGGCGAAACGUGGAGCAACGCUUAUUUCAUACCAGCUGUUCUGAGAUACGUCGUAACCCUGAACGCAACGUGGCUCGUCAAUUCAGCGGCCCAUUUAUUCGGCAGCAAACCUUAUGACAAGUUCAUAAACCCGUCGGAGAAUGGGGGAGUGGCAUUCGUCGCCCUGGGCGAAGGCUGGCAUAACUACCACCACGUAUUCCCGUGGGAUUACAAAACUGCGGAACUUGGUAACUACAGAUGCAAUGUGACGACGGCGUUCAUCGAUUUCUUUGCUAAAAUCGGUUGGGCCUACGAUUUAAAGAGCGUUUCGACCGAUAUGGUUAGAAAACGAGUCGAGAGGACGGGGGAUGGCAGCCACGAGGUUUGGGGUUGGGGGGACAAGGAUCAACCCCAAGAGGAACGAGAAGGAGCUAUCAUUACGCAUCAAAAGGCCAAGUAGUUUAUUACGUGGUUUAAUAAUAAGCAUAGUGAAUACGGCAGCGGGACAGAGAUACGCUUUCGGGGGAUUUUAAUGUCUAAGAAAAAGAAAGAAGGACAAAAAUACGGAUCCAAGACUUUCUUUAGGAUACUUAUUCGUCGUCCAAAUUUGUUAUAUUCAAAUUAAUGAAUUUUCUUGUGUUUUUACUCUCAACGGGAUAUCCAGCGACCUGGAAGACGUACGGAAAUUUAGGCAUUAUUGUUGUUAUUAUUAUUAUUAAGAUACACGAACGACUUUGUUUCAAAAGUGACAAUUUCAGGGUAAAUCUCAGGGAAUCUCGUAAAGUUCUUCAAAACCGUUUUUCUUUCUUCUUAUGCCGCUGUCGUUUUCCUUUUUUCUUUUAUUUUGUUUGUUUUUUUCAAAGGUUUUGAAACGACUGCAUUUUUCUUCUGAAUUUUGUUGAAUAUGCAUUCUUUACGACGUUCAAUCGUGCGCAAUUUAGUAUAAAAUGAUGGUUGAACAAGGCAAAGUAUAUUUCUAACCUUUUCGAGAAUAAGAACGCACUAUACAUGUACUGAUCGUA